AUGGUGGAAUUUAUUGCUAGUAUAAGAAUGACUGUUGAGGAUGAAACUUUACGUCCUGUCAGCGCUCCAAUCACAACAAUCGCUUCGCUGCCGCAGCGCGGCUGCUUCAAGGGGCUCCUGCUGCUCUCGACAGUUGUUCUCUACCCUUUUCCCUCGGAAAUCCAUCUGAACUACCAUUCACGUCUCCACUUCUGGAAUAGUCGUAUAUUAAGCAGCUAUCAAGCAGUUACCACUCCCAAUAUGACAGCGGACGAAGAUCUGCUGGUUUUUGGAUAUGCGUCACGGAUAUAUCCGCAGGAUGAUCGCGCGGAGUACAUCGCUGAGGAACGCCACUUGAUCGAGUCACCGUACGAUCCUGCAAUAAGACUCGAUAGGUACGAUUGUCGUUUGCUGCUGCCUGUCGGGUGUGAUGUCUUUGCAUCGUCUUGCGCAGAGGAGUCGGAGUCUUGUCCCACUGAAGAUAUGGAAGAAGAGAUGUGCGACGAGGAGCGCUAUCGUGACUUGAAUAGCUCAGUGGAGCAAAAAAUAAAAGAGGAAGAAGAGGCCCGGCCGAAGAAAGCUGAAAUUGCGUUUGAUUAUGGGACAAGUGGUGCCAGCGGUAAUGGUGAUGCGGGAGCAGCUGCCGAAGAUAGUGAUAGUGAAACGGAGCCCUUCGAACCUCCUGCCGGCAUAAAAUUACCUAUGGGAUUGGCAUUGCCGGAAAAUCAAAAACAGAACCACAUAAUCGAGCGUACCGCAUUAUUUGUUGUUACAAAAGGGCCACAGAUGGAAAUAGUGAUCAAAGCCAAGCAGAGGAAUAAUACCGAGCAGUUCGGAUUUCUGGAGUUUGAUAAUGUUCUCCAUCCGUACUAUAAGUAUCUGUCAAAGCUUAUCCGGGAAAAGAAGUAUACACCGAAUUUUUCCAAACGAACGAAAGACAGUAAGGAUCAGACGUCGGAACCAUCCACUUCUGAAACAAACGGCGCCAAAAAAUCUAAUGCGCUCACCGCGCUUGCUGAAGAAAGCAACAGCGACUCUGAUUCUGAUUAUGAACUUCACCCUUCUCUUUUGUCGAGUUAUCGAAAACGCAGCCGAAGUCCCGAUGUCAUGGAUACUGCUGACAAUGCAGCCGGACCAAGACGGCGGCCUGCGUCACCAUCACCUCCACCGUUGACUGUCCAUCGUUCCGACUAUGAUAUGAGCAAGAGUAACGACAUCUAUGCCUCUUUGUACAAGAGCCUCAAAAUGGUGUCCACCGAAAAAGAGGUAGCUGAAAAGCGGAAGCAAGAACAGCAAGAGAUCGAGGAGCAGAUUGCAGCAUCUGCUCCACCCCCUCCUGACGAGGAAUAUCGUGCUUGGUGGUUGUCAUUCUAUGGGACACCUUGUCCAUAUUCUUGUCCACAGCCAAUGGUUCCUCCACCACCAGAUCUUCAACCUGUUAUUGCUAGCUACGCUGAGUUCGUGGCUCGCCAUGGUGCUGACGCCGAGUUAGAGCUAAGAGAUCGCGUCGAUCUACAGCUUCAUUUUAUGCAUCCUAACAGUCAUCACUUUUCAUACUAUCAGCACCUUGUCCGUAUGUGUCAAUGGGAGCUUCAUCAGAAGAUGAUGGAGGAAUCUUCAGCAUAUGAACAGGCUGCAGGUGACGUCGAUCCUGAUGGCGAGAACGCAGAUGGAGCUGAUGCUCCUACUGUCCCACCAAAUGCACUAAGCAUCGCCGAAGCUACAGCGCAGGCGCUGAACAGAAGACAAAGAAGAAGAUUGCAAGAUGCAUUACGUGUACCUGUGGCACAGCCAGUAGGUAUUGUAGAUCCAGUCGCUUCGUUAGGAGAUGGAAGUUUACCGAAAGUGAGCUCUUCGCCAGCGCUACUAUCGUCGGUUUCCCACCCAUCUCUUCAAGUUGAGGGAGUUGAUGCAAGUGUGACAAACAACGAUACCUUCACCGCACCGAAAUCUUUCCCUGUUUCGUUCUCGCUUGCGCCAGUGGUUUCAAGCAAGGAUGAGAUCCCAGGAGCUGCACCCAGUAUGGCAGUAAUGGAAGGCCCCGGCAGUCCAGCUUUAGUUGAUCCACGCACUCUUUCACCUCUCUCCGUUCCCUCUAUGCAGCCGACAACCUCAAAUGUUGGACUUAUUCUGCCUCCACCCGUCCCUCCAAACAUUCCCAGUAAUACACAGCUGGAUAGGAAGGAAAAGGCGCGCAUUUUCAUGGAACGUUUGUUGAAUGAAAAACGUGUGAAAAAGCUGAAGGAGCAAGAGGAAGCGCGAAUCAGAGAAUUGGAGGCUCAGAAGGCUGAGAUUGAACGGCAACUAGCUGAAGAAGAAACGAAACGAAAGAAGACUUCGCUCGAGAUGGUAGAUAAACUUAUUAAUCGUCGAAUUGGAGCUCUUCUUGGAACUGCAACAGAAACAAAGAAAGUAGAAGAAAAGCAGAAGCUGAAAAUACCAGCCAGAUUGAGUGAUGACGAAGCGCAAGCAGACCGUGACGAUAUGAGAAAGAAAAGGAAGAAGGAGAAGUCAAAAAAGCACAAACAUAAGAAGUCACGAAGCCGUUCACGUGAUCGUAGUCGGGAUAGAGAAAGAGAACGACGAAGACGGCGGCGGUCCAGCGAUUCAAGUAGUGAUGAAAGGGAUUCAUCAAAGAAACGUCGAAAGGAGAGAAGGUGAUAAAUAGCUUCUAGAUCUGGUUGUUUCUUUCGGGGUUGAACAUGUUGACAGGUCUUUCUUCUAUGAAAUUGUUUUUGUUUGUGAUGUUUUUCGAUUGUAAAAUCUCAGUAAAUGUUAUUUUAU